CAGCCAGCGCAGCCGUGACGCUCUUCAAAGCACCAUCACAUGACUGUGAGCAAAAAUUGCUCGGCAGCACUAUCUCGUCAGCUGACUGCUAUCGCAAGCCGUUUGUCCUACAUAAUAGAUCACACACACACAACAACACUCUCUCAACACAUCGAUACUACUCCUCCUCAGAUGCUUUAACAGGUCCUGACGGCUCGCCAACAUGAGAAUCGCCUGUCUGCUGCUAGCUGCUGCCUUUUUGUGGACGACCGACGCGUUUGUUCGGAUUCCUUUAAAGAAGUUUCGUUCCAUCAGACGGACACUGAGUGACUCUGGCAGAGCUAUAGAGGAGCUUGUGGCAGGUUCUGCACCCUUGAAAUACAACCUGGGAUUCCCAGCAAGUAAUGGUCCUACUCCAGAAAUCCUCAAGAACUACCUUGAUGCUCAGUACUAUGGAGAGAUCGGUCUUGGCACUCCUGUCCAGACCUUCACUGUGGUGUUUGACACAGGAUCCUCCAACCUGUGGGUGCCAUCGGUCCACUGUUCCCUGACUGAUAUUGCCUGCUUGCUUCAUCACAAAUACAAUGGGGGCAAGUCAAGCACCUAUGUGAAGAACGGGACUGAAUUUUCCAUACAGUAUGGUUCCGGAAGCUUGUCUGGGUAUCUCAGCCAGGACACAUGCACGGUUGGUGAUAUUGCAGUUGAGAAGCAGAUAUUUGGAGAAGCUAUCAAACAGCCAGGAGUAGCCUUCAUUGCAGCCAAGUUUGAUGGUAUUCUCGGCAUGGCUUAUCCUCGCAUCUCUGUGGAUGGGGUUCCUCCUGUUUUUGACAUGAUGAUGAGCCAGAAGAAAGUGGAGAAAAAUAUUUUCUCUUUCUACCUGAACAGAAACCCUGACACCCAACCUGGUGGUGAGUUGCUCCUUGGAGGCACAGACCCCAAAUAUUACACUGGAGACUUUAACUACGUGGACAUCAGCAGACAGGCCUAUUGGCAGAUUCACAUGGAUGGCAUGAGCAUUGGCAGUGAGCUGACUCUGUGUAAAGGAGGAUGUGAAGCCAUCGUGGACUCUGGGACGUCUCUGAUCACCGGCCCAGCUGCUGAAGUCAAAGCCCUGCAGAAGGCUAUUGGUGCAAUCCCUCUCAUACAGGGAGAGUAUAUGAUAGACUGUAAAAAAGUGCCCACACUCCCCACCAUCUCAUUCGUCAUGGGUGGAAAGACUUACUCACUGACUGGAGAACAGUACAUACUCAAGGAAAGCCAGGCUGGAAAGGAGAUCUGUCUGAGUGGAUUCAUGGGCCUGGAUAUCCCACCCCCUGCUGGACCCCUGUGGAUUCUGGGUGAUGUGUUCAUUGGGCAGUACUACACUGUGUUUGAUCGGGAGAAUAACCGAGUGGGCUUUGCUAAGUCCGUAUAAGCCCAACUGUAGACCUUAACACUUAAGAUGUGUCAUGAGAGUAAUAAGAAAUCUAGGAAUUUGUCACCUCUGCUUAAAUGACACAAUAGCGGUAUGAUUAUUGUGUUUUGCACUGCUUUUAGCUUUCAAAUGUUUUUGUUUUAAAGAGGCAUGUGGAGAUGAAAUGAUUCAGGGAAAAAAGUUACACUCAUUUGCUUUUUAGCCGAGGCCUAUUUGAAUAUGUGAUUGAAACACAAGGUUUUAACAUUUAUUUUAUAAUUGUCAUGUCAUUGAUUUUAGACACUACCUGUUUUAAGAUUUUUAUUGUUGAAAAUGACCUUCCAAUGACUGAACAAAUCAAAAUGGACAAUAAAGGUUUUAAACCCAUCUAUGUUGUUAAAC